AUGGAGAUGGACGACUACCCUUGGACUGUGGUCGCUAGCUGGGGUACAGUCACUGUCGAGCUUUGUGGCGCCGGCCUAAUUAGGGCUGACAUCACCCACAGAUUGGCUACAAGAAGUCUCGGCCUCGACCUCUUCAAACCCACCAUCGCUCCUCAGCACGGACAUCAUCUCCCCCCUUCUCGACCAGGACACCCCAUCCUGACAGCUCAGCUCCUCCAUGACUUUCCUUCAACAACCUCGGCUCAACAUCCUGGGGAAAUCCAGGGCGUUCUGCAUCAGCCUGACCACCCACUUCUCCAUCCUUUCCUCGGCGUCCGACCCCAGAUCAGCAAUGCGCCUGAAGUUCAACGUCCGGUGGUACCAGGUCUGGCUGCUAUGAUACCUGCCGAAGAUGAUCUGUACGGCGGCGACUGCCCGAGAGGAGGAUCGCUGGAGAAAGUGCACAAGAAUAGGCGACACCACAACGGAUAG